AGUCUCAUUGAUGUUGGAACCGUGAAUUGAAAACUGAGAUCUUUCAUCAUGGCUUCGCGCUCACAUGUGGACCAAGGAAUAAAUGAGCGAAGGCUACGGCCGAUUUAUGAUUGUUUGGAUAAUGGAAACAACAAGAAAGCUCUGCAAGAGGCUGACAAACUACUUAAGAAACAAAAAGACUUUCUUUGUGCUAAGGCUUUAAAAGCACUUGCUUUGGCCCGUCUUGGAAGGCAAGAUGAAGCCCUUCUUUCGUUACAAGAAGUCCAUGAUGAAGAUCCUACUGAUGAUCCAACUCUUCAAGCUAUGACAAUAUGUUACAGAGAAUUACAUAAGCCUCAAUUGAUUGCGGAUGCCUAUGAAAGAGCUACCAAAAAGGAUCCUCAGAAUGAAGAAUUGUUGUCACAUUUAUUCAUCUCCCAUGUGCGUAAUGGAGAUUACAAGAAGCAACAGCAAACAGCAAUGGCCCUGUAAUUAAAGCCAAAAAAUCCAUAUUACUUUUGGGCAAUCAUGAGUAUUGUCAUGCAGGCUAAUGUUGCUGAAGAAAAGCUUGCUAAACAGAUGUUGCUACCUUUAGCUGAACGAAUGACAGAAAAAUUUGUCAGUGAAAAUAAACUGGAGGCUGAAGCUGAAGUUCAACUGUAUUUGAUGAUACUUGAACAGCAAGAAAAAUAUGAAAAAGCAAUUGAAGUAAUAGAGGGCCCUUUACAAGAAAAGUUAUCUCCUUAUCAAGACGUUUUACCCAAAAGGAAAGCUGAAUUUUUGAUCAAGUUAGAAAAAUGGCCUGAAGCUAAUCAAGCCUACAAAAAACUCAUUCUAGGAAAUCCUGAUCAAUGGUCUUACUAUACAGAGUACUUCAAAUCUGUUAACUACUUGGUUGAUAAUGGAUGGAAACCAGAAAGCAACAAUUCUGAUGGUCCUGAAGAUUGUGUUGACUAUACUUUUGAAAUGGCAGUGGACUUUCUAGAAGCUCUUGUUGAGGAACAAAAUGGAGCCAGAGAUGGAAGAAAAUUAAGAGGUCCCUAUUUAGCUCAAAUUGAUUUAUUGAACCAACUUUUAAUCAAGAAUGAUCCUCUUGCAAAUAGAAUAGGUACUAUGGUUGAUGUAUUAAUAAAAUUUUAUGAUCAAUUUGGUACAAAAUCAAGCUGUUUCCUAGACCUUUCUCAUGUCAUUGGUAUACAUGCUGUUAAACAUGAAGAUGUGAAAAUGCUGAUUGAAAAAAUAAAUUUAUCAUUAGUAAAAGAAAAUAAUACAGAAGAUAUUAAGCUUCCAAAAGAUCUCAAGCAAAUGAAUCGCCAUUUGUGUUAUUCCCGUUUAUGUCAUUAUUUUGGUUAUCAAGAAAGUUGGAGUCAACAACAGCAAUUAGCUUAUGUACGAGAACUGAUUGAAAGAUAUCAUCAUGCAUUACAGUUUGGUGCUAAUUUGUCGUCCACUGAGUUUCAACCAGCAGACAAUUAUUGUUUGCUUGCUGCACAUACACUUAUUAGUAUUUGGAAAAAAUCAGGUGAUGAACGAUUAAUAUCUCAAGUUUUGGUUUUCUUAGAACAGUGUUUAAAAAAUAGUCCUUCAAACUUCCAAAUAAAAAUUUUGCUGAUGAAGCUAUAUAAUGCUAUUGGUGCUGCUGGUGCAACGUACAGUCAAUAUGAAAGUGUUGAUAUAAAACACAUUCAGCAGGAAACUUUAGGGUAUUUGAUAACUGACUCUCUUUUGUCUGGUGCCUUUUAUUCAGCAGCAAGUGUGGUGCUAGGUGGAAGCAUUAGGUUUUUUACUAGUAAUUAUAAAGAUACGGUAGAUUAUUUGAUUUCUUGUUACAAGUUUGGUUCUUUUACUAAGAUUCCAGAAUUAGUAAAUUUUAGAGAAAGAGUCAAUAAUUCCUUUCAAUAUGCUUCUGUUACUGUGGAAAGAAUGAUUUUAGACCUACUACUUGAAACGAAAAGUUAUCAUGAUACUGAAAAAACCAUAUCAUCGAUGGAAAUUGAUCCUGAGAAAGAUUGCAGGCCAACUGAUGAGAUGACAGACAAUAGAGAUAUUUUUAUUUAUAGAAUGUAUACAGAAGAUGAAAAAAAUGUUAUUGAAGAUUACAUAAAAAAGUCAUUUCAAGAGCAGAUUUGGUGGUUAAAAGUUAGAAACCUAAUUGUUAGAAUUAUGGCAGCAUCGUAUUAUUUGACAAAGACAUCCCAUGUAAAUAACUCCAUAGAAAAUAAUAUAACAAAUGGUGAAAAACGCAACAUGAGUGACAUAUUAAGUGACCUAAUAGCAUCAUUGAAAGAUACUGUCGCAUCUAUCAACAAAGAUCACAUGAUUAGUUCCAUUUUUCCAAUACAAGGCCCCGGUCAAUCUAGGUUAUUAAAAUACUUCCAAGAUGGUCAUAUAGAUGUUUUAAUUGCUCUUUCAAAAUUAGUUUUAACCUCUCAUAACUUAAUUGAUAGCUUAGUUAUAGAUUCUUCAGAAGGAAAAACUGAUUUUGAAAUUAUUAAUGAUGUAAAGAAUCAAUUUCAAGCUUUCUCAAAAACAAUUCAAGACAGAUUAAAAAAUGAAAAUCCGAGUCCAGUACAAAUCAAAAGCCAUCUAGAAGAUUUUGCUAAUUGUGUUGAGACUUUAGGCUUAGGUUCUAUUUUGGUUAGCAUUUGUCAUGCUAUCCUAAAACCAGUCAGAAGUUCAAUAAUGAGGAAAGGAAAAAAGAAGAAAGAAAAUAUUCCACAAGUCACACUUGAAACAUUUCAAGAGUUAACGAAUCUAAUUAGUGAUCUGGAGACUACUGGCAAUAGUUUACUAAAUUUGCUCAAUGAUUUUGACACUGUAUUAACAGGCACAUCACUUGGCAUUAUGUCACUGAAAAAUAGUGAAAAUUGUGUACAGACUGAAGAAGAUGUAGUGCAUCAAGUGCUUGCUAAAGUAAAUAACAGCUAUCAAACUUCUGUGAAAGAAAUCAGGGAACUUUUACAGUCAAAAGUAAAAUACCUGCAAUCACUAAAGUGGUGAUGCCAAAGUUGUUUCUAUGCAUUGUGUAUAUUCCUAUUGAACUAUGCAGCAGUUUAAAGUUUUGACUAUGCAGAAUUUGAAAAUGAUGCGCAUGUACAGGAUUGGGGUUACCCCCACAUCCAUACUUUCGUCCACAGUGCUACUUAUGCGCCCAACAAAAGCAAAAUAAUUUUUAACUGUCUUUUGUAUGUUUUAAGUUUGUACAUUACAAGGUCUAAAUUCUCCAGUAUUAACAAUG